UUAUCGCUUUUACCGCAGGGUGUAGGUGCAUCUCUAAAUGCUUAAUGUGUUGUUGAUUAACUUUCCAUCUUGUUCUAUUCUUUAAAUCCCCUCACAUGUAUAUGCGCUUGUAAGCGUACGCUGCUCAGCUGAGCAGCAUGCUCUUACAACACACGAUAUAUCACAAGGCUAGACUCAGACCACUGCAUAUUUAGAUCCCACUUAGGGAUUUACUCCGAAGUCACUCCCAGGCAUCUGAUAGGGCUUCACACCAAUGUAUAUAAAAUGAACAACUACAAAAAUUACUAAACCUCACCUGUACGGAUUAUUGUAGAUACUAGUAUCACAACCUGAAAUAAUUUAAAUUAUUUCACAAUUGUGGUAGUUUAAACUAUCGGAAGCUUUUAAGAUAAUGUUACUUUAUUUUUUCCAGGUUCUAACAUUCGUAUUACAGAAGAGAGCUUAAAAUGUUCUUCCUGUAUUCCGGGUCAAAAUUUUUGGGAGCACAGGCAAUUACUAAGAAUAUACGUAAAUUCUUGGGUACUGCAGUUGAGCCUAUUUUGAAGCCAGAAAUAAAGCGAAACUCGAUUUUCAUCAACAAUGAGUGGGUAGAGUCGUCUAGUGGAAAAACCUUCAACACUAUAAAUCCAGCAACUGGUAAAGUAAUAUGUCAAGUUUCGGAAGGUGAUAAGGUUGACAUAGAUAAAGCAGUUAAAGCAGCUCGUAAAGCCUUCGAAUUCGGUUCCGAGUGGCGUACCAUGGAUGCAUCGCAUCGUGGUGUAUUACUUCAGAAACUGGCUGAUCUUAUUGAACGUGACCGAGUUUAUUUGGCUUCUUUGGAAACACUGGAUAAUGGGAAACCAUUUGCCGAUUCAUAUAAUAUUGAUCUAGAUUUAGUGAUCAAAUGCUACAGGUAUUAUGCUGGCUGGGCAGACAAAUAUCAUGGGAAAACUAUACCUGUCAAUGGAAACUAUAUGUGUUACACUCUUCAUGAACCAGUUGGCGUUUGUGGACAAAUUAUACCGUGGAAUUUUCCACUUCUUAUGCAGGCAUGGAAGCUCGGUCCAGCAUUAGCAAUGGGAAAUACAGUGGUAAUGAAGACAGCAGAACAAACCCCGUUGUCUGCGAAUUGGGUAGCUGAAUUAAUCAAAGAAGCCGGAUUCCCACCUGGUGUAGUGAACAUUGUUCCAGGAUUUGGUGAAACUGCUGGUAACGCCCUAGUCGUUCAUCCUGAUGUUGAUAAAAUUGCGUUUACUGGUUCAACAGCUGUAGGACAAAUGAUUGGUCAGAAUGCUUAUAAACAUGGUGUGAAACGAAUUACUUUAGAACUUGGCGGAAAGAGUCCAUUAAUUAUUUUCAGUGAUGGUGAUUUUGAUCGAGCCAUAGCCACAUCACAUUUUGGUUUAUUUUUCAAUCAAGGCCAAUGUUGUUGUGCAAGUUCACGUAUAUUUGUCGAAGAAUCAGUUUAUGAUAAAUUUGUUGAAUAUAGUAGUGAAGAGGCUAAAAAGCGUGUAAUUGGUAAUCCUUUUGAUUUAAACACAACACAAGGUCCACAAGUUGAUGAACACCAAUAUCAAACAGUUAUGUCAUACAUUGAAUCUGGUAUAAAGGAAGGUGCCAAAUUAUGUGCCGGUGGCAAACGGUUUGAAUCAGAUGGUUAUUUCAUUCGUCCUACAGUUUUUGCUGAUGUUCAAGAUGAAAUGCGCAUUGCUCGUGAGGAAAUAUUUGGACCUGUAAUGCAAAUUAUGAAAUUUCGAUCAUUAGAUGAAUUGAUACAUAGAGCAAAUCAUACACAAUAUGGUCUUGCAGCUGGUAUAUUCACUAAUAAUUUAGAAAAAGCUAUGCAUGUUAUGCAACAUUUACAGGCUGGCACUGUUUGGAUCAAUUGUUAUGAUGUUUUCGAUGCUGCUGCACCUUUUGGAGGUUAUAAGUUUUCUGGAGUUGGUCGAGAACUAGGUGAAUAUGGUUUACGAAAUUAUACAGAAGUCAAAACUGUAACUACGCGGAUACUUCAAAAGAAUUCAUAAACACAGAUAACUAUUGGUUAUUUAUUUUUGUUAUUCUUUAUAAAAUUUAUUAUUUGAAAUUGCUGAUCAAUUUGAACUUUUAACUCAUGAAGGUUUGAUUGAAAUUUUGUGAUAAAAUCGUGUUUGAUUUUAAAUACAUUUUUUUCUAAUUUAUUUACUUAUUUAUUUGAACACAUAUUGGUACAAGGGGGCACCAGAUAUAUAUACGCUACACAAAACAAUGAGAAUGGGAAGAGAAAAAAAAGGUGAGGUGCGUGUAAGGAAAAAGAAAAGAACAAUAACGAACACAGAUCAGUGUAUGGUAGUGAAAUAACAAUAAUAAUAAUGGGGGAAACGAAAAGAUACAAUCAGAAAGAAUUUUUUCAGUUAAGGAAGUUACAACCACUUUUUUAUGAGGAAAGUAAAAGAAGGUUACAGCAAGAUCUCCACUGGCUUCUAUACUGAGCCAUGUCUGAUAACGUCUCUAGCUACUGU